CGCCCCGCUCUACGCGCGCCCUUUGUACGAGUCCGCGCCUGCGCAAUGAUUUCACCGAGUUUGACGGUCGGGUUGGUGGCUGGAAAUAAACAGGAUAGAAAAGCUAGUUGUAUUUUUUGACAUCUUGAAUAAAAAGAGACCGGAGCUCGACUGCUGGAGGAUUUGGGGGCCGCUCGCUGGGGGGACAGUCAUGGCGGGGGUGGGAGCGAAGGGGACAAGGCCAGGGCUCCCGGGUUUAUGGUGGAAAAGCUGCUCCUUUCACGCCGUGUUGUGGCUCGUGUUGUGGCUCGUGCUGUGGCUCGUGGCUGUGUGUGCAGAGGAGAGGAGCUUUGUGGUGGAGACGUGGUUGAAGAACUAUGGCUACUUACUCCCACAUGACAUCCGGACGUCAGACUUGCGUUCGGAGAAAGCCAUGCAGUCAGCAGUUGCUGCAAUGCAGCGGUUCUAUGGCAUCCCGGUGACUGGAGUACUUGACCAAACAACCAUAGAGUGGAUGAAGAAACCUCGGUGUGGGGUUCCUGAUCACCCUCAGCGGAGGAGAAAUAAGCGCUAUGCUCUCACUGGUCAAAAAUGGAGAGACAAAAAAAUCACAUAUAGCAUACACAACUUCACCCCUAAGGUAGGUGAGAAGGACACGCAGAGGGCGAUCCGGCAGGCGUUUGAUGUGUGGCAGACUGCAACCCCGCUGACCUUUCAGGAAGUGGCCUAUUCUGAGAUAAAGAAAGAGGGCAAAGAGGCCGACAUCAUGAUCUUCUUUGCCUCAGGGUUUCACGGUGAUAGCUCUCCAUUUGACGGAGAGGGAGGUUUUUUAGCCCAUGCCUACUUCCCUGGCCCUGGAAUUGGAGGGGACACACACUUUGACUCUGACGAGCCUUGGACGUUAGGCAAUGCUAAUCAUGACGGUAAUGACCUUUUCCUGGUGGCAGUGCACGAGUUGGGCCACGCAUUGGGUCUGGAACAUUCCAAUGACCCGAGUGCAAUCAUGGCCCCUUUCUACCAAUACAUGGAGACACAAAACUUCAAACUGCCACUAGAUGACCUUCAAGGCAUCCAGAAAAUAUAUGGUGUCCCAACUGCAAUGUUGGAGCCAACUCGGUCUCUUCCAACCCUCCCACCACGGCGGACUUACUCUCCUUCUGAGAGGAAAAACGACCGUCAGUCCCGUCCUCCUCGACCUCCCUUCGGUGACAGGCCCUCUCCUGGCUCUGGAAAACCCAACAUCUGUGACGGCAAUUUUAACACAGUGGCCUUUUUCAGGAGGGAGAUGUUCGUUUUCAAGGAUCGCUGGUUCUGGCGUUUGCGCAGUAACAAGGUUCAAGAGGGUUACCCCAUGCUGAUUGACCAGUUCUGGAAAGGUCUCCCACCCCGCAUUGAUGCUGCUUAUGAGAGAUCCGAUGGCAAAUUUGUGUUCUUUAAAGGAGACAAGUACUGGGUAUUUAAGGAAGUGACAGCAGAGCCAGGUUACCCGCACAGCCUAGUGGAGUUGGGCAACUGUUUGCCCCGUGAGGGCAUUGACAUGGCACUGCGCUGGGAGCCUGUGGGCAAAACCUACUUUUUCAAAGGUGACCAGUACUGGCGCUACAAUGAGGAAAAGCAUACAGCUGACCCGGGCUAUCCCAAACCCAUCACCGUGUGGAAGGGCAUUCCUGAAGCACCUCAAGGAGCCUUUGUCAGCCGUGAAGGAUUUCACACUUACUUCUACAAAGGAAAGGACUACUGGAAGUUUGACAACCAGAAGCUAACAGUGGAACCUGGCUACCCAAAGUCUAUCCUUAAGGAUUGGAUGGGUUGCGACCAAACAGAAGUGGAGAAGAACAAGGACAGACACCUCCCCCAUGACGAUGUCGACAUCAUGGUUGCCAUAAAUGAUGUGCCAAGCACCGUAAAUGCGAUUGCUGUGGUAAUCCCUUGCAUUCUGUCUCUGUGCAUCUUGGUCCUCAUUUACACCAUCUUCCAGUUUAAGAACAAAAGUGUCCCUCAACCUGUGACCUUCUAUAAACAGCCAGUGCAGGAAUGGGUAUGACAGACUAGGGGACACUGCAAACUUAAACACUAAAAUUGCUAGCGAGGGCUAACAUGACAACGUUCAGAAGCACCUACACAACCAGUGCCUGUUUACUGCAUUGUAAUGCGAGAGGUGGGGAUUGAAACAUUGUUGAGUCCAUGUCUUUCCAUUUGGAACUAAACUUUGACACAAAAAUCUCAAAGAUCUUUUUUUUAAACAUACGAGCCAAAAGCACAGGUUUGCUAGGCUUUAACUGAGUGGUGGAUUGCAGGGACAGGAGCUUAACCAUUGCUUUGGCCUUACACUGCUACUGUAAAACCUUCUUUCCCAUUCUCUCACAACCUGGGAGUCUGAGGACCACCACAGUGAAUUCUAACCAUCAUGUGUCCAAGGAACACAAGAGGAACGGUGGUCAGAUGCCAGCAAAUAUAUGUCCUAUAUAUGCGCUCAACAUGGACUUGUACAGGAAUUUCAAGAAUUAUUGAAAGAAUAUGUCUGAAGAACGAAACAAAAAUAACAAAACGUGAUUCGUUGUUAAAGACAUGAAUAAUGUUGUAGGUAGAAAGGCUGUAGAAAAGAAUACAAAGGGGUUUUGUGUAUCUUGUAGUCUUUUAUCAUGUCGUGGAGAUCUGACUCUUUUUAAAACAUUAGAGAAGCAUUAACGUUACAUUAGUAUAUAUACAGUGGGGUCCAAAAGUCUGAGACCAUGUUGAAAAUCUGGGAUUUUUUUUUUUUUUUUUUAUUUAAAAUUGGAAAUAAACAAAGGGUUUUAGAAUGUUGAAAGAUUUAAAACAAAGAAUGUAAAUGUUCAAUAUCUUGAAUAUUUAAUAUUCAAGCUUCUGCACUAUUUCUAGGUCCUCAUGCCUAAUCUCUUCUGUUGAAACACGUGUUCAGACGACACGCUGAUGGAUUUGAUCUAAAAUGGAUCAUGCCAGCUCGAGUACACACUGUCAUUAAAGCAAAAAAGGGGACAUACAGUGGAUAUAAAAAGUCUACACACCCCUGUUAAAAUGGCAGGUUUUAUGAUGUAAAAAAAAAAAAAGAAAAGAAGUUAAACCAUGUCGGAAUAUUUUUCACCUUUAUUGUGAAAUUGCAACAUAUAAAAUCAAGUGACAAACAACAAGUGUGCACAUCCUUUUAUAAUUUGGAAUGUGGCAGUGUUCAGAAUCAACCAAUCACAUUGAAACUCAAUUUAGAUACUAAUUGAUAUACACCUGCCAUGAAUUAAAGUGACUGAUUAACCCCAAAUAAAGUACAGCUGUUCCUAUAGGACUUUCCUGACAUCUUCUUGGUAACAUCCAACUGGAAAAGCCAUGGGCCACAAAGAGCUUACAAAGCAGGUACAGGAUCUCAUUGUUGAAAAAUAUCAAUCAGGAGAGGGUUACAAAAAAAAAUUCCAAGGUAUUGGAUAUACCAAGGAACACUGUAAAGACAAUAAUCAACAAGUGGAGAAAAUAUGGCACAACUGUGACAUUGUUCUUUUUUUUUUUUUUUUUUUUGCAAACUAGCAAUCUCCCAAAACCAUGUGGAAUAAUAUGUUAUGUUCUGAUGAGACCAAAGUUGAACUUUUUUGGCCAUAAUACCAAAAGAUAUAUUUGGUGCAAAAAAGUAAAAACAUCACAUCCCAAAAAGAUCACCAUCCCCAUGCUGAAACAUGGAGGUGGCAGCAUCAUGCUUUUCCUGCUUUUCUUCAGCUGGAACUGGGGCUUUAAUCAGGGUGGAGGGAAUAACGAAUAACUCCAAAUACCAGUCAAUUUUGGCGCAAAACCUCGAAGAGGAAUUUCACCUUUCAGCAUGACAAUGACCCAAAGCACACCUCCAAAUCAACAAAGGAAUGGCUUCACCAAAACAAGAUCAAGGUUCUGGAAUGGUCCAACCAGAGUCCAGAUCUAAAUCCAAUUCAAAAUCUGUGGGGUGACAUGAAGAGGGCUGUGCACAGGAGAUGCCCAGCCAGUUUGACAGAAUUGAAAUGCUUUUGCCAGGAAGAAUGGCAAAAUAUUGCUAAAUCAAAAUGUGCCAAACUGACUGACUCUUAGCCAAAUUGAUUGAAUGCUGUGAUUAAAUCUAAAGAUGCUUCAAAUAAGAAUUAGUUUAGGGGUGUGCACACUUAUGCAACCAAGUUAUUGUACAUAUUUUUCAUUUUUUUCUCCUAAAAUAAUUCUUAUUGUUUUUAACUUGAAUUUAUAGGUUGCAAUUUCACGAUAAACAUACAGGUUCUGACAUGAUUUAUCUUAGUUUCAUUUUUUUUUUUUUACAUCCCAAAAACCUCCCAUUUUAAUAGGGGUGUGUAGACUUUUUAUAUCCACUGUAGCAAAUACUAAGAAACUCUGACAUUCAUGUAAAUAUUUCAAAGCAUUCAAGUUGUUGUCAGUAAUAUAAUUUGUAAUGAAAAUUAUUGUAUUAAAUUAGAAAUGCAAAACAGAAGCAUUUCCACUAGUGGUCUCAGACUUUUGGACCCCGCUGUAUGUCAUAGGAGAGAGAAUUUUAUGUGGCAUCAUUAAGGAACGUGCAAGUACAGUAUUGUUUUCGGUUGAAUUUAUUUAUUUUUUUUUUUUUGUGGGUUUGAAUUGUGUAGUGGGGAGGCAUCUAAAAAUCUAAACAGUUUAUGAAAGAUUUAACAAAACUCUUUUAUGCAUAUAAUUCCCUUCUGUUACAUAAAGUUAUGGUGAUGUUAACUACCUGACACGAAGAGUCUUAAUGAGAGUGUGUUUUUGCAGUCUGUUUUCACAUUUGAGUAUCAUUUAAAAUUUUGCUAAUGUGGCAUGCCAUAGAUCAAUCAUUUAUACAGAAUAUUAGUAAUUAUUUGUCUUUAAUCCAUUUUGAUGUCCUAAGCCACCACUAUUUCUUAUAUCUGAGUGCAGUGCACAGGCACUAUCAAGUGUCCUUUGGGUGAGUUUUUAUAGAUUUUAUAGAUUUGUUUUUCACUGAUGUAUUGGUCACAUCAUAUCAGCACUGCUAAUGCACCUCCCCCUACAAAUAUGCAAAUAUGUUUGACCUGAAACAUUUUAGUGGCUAAAAGGCCAGUUUUUAAUGUGACAGGCAGACACUGCAGAAUUUCUUUUUCCAAAUAUGCUGGAUUUUGCAUGUGGUACUGACUGUGCUGCAUCUGCAUAACUGUGGGACGUAUAGGUUGUGGUGAUCAUGUUAAUCUUAUCAAAAAUGUAUAUAUCCUUUGUUUAUUCCUACACCGUUCUAUAAAACUUUUGUAAAGUAGCAAUGUACUAGUAUUUCUAUGUGUAACCAACAGUGCAGCACCCCUAGAGGAGUAGUUUAUUCAGGAGUACUAAUUUGGUGAGUGUUAUAAAAUGUUGAUAAAUCCAGUCCAAUCUAAAUUCACUUCAUUCAGUAAUAUUAACAUUCUGCAAAAGUCCUAAGGCAACUUCUAGGAAGCUUCAAUUCCUGUCCAGGGUUGUUUUGAGGCAGACCAAAAUAUUGUAAAGUUGAAAAUAUCACAAGUUCAGGGUCCUCACAGGUGUAGGGUUUGAUCCUGAGCUCAGGUUACUGUCAGUGUGGAGUUUCGCAUGUUCUACCCAUGGCACAUAGUUUUAAACUGGGUCCCUGGUUUUCUCGCACCUGCCAGUAGAUGGACAGGCUACACUAAACUGCCCCUAGAUGUGAAUGAGUGUGUGAUUGUGUGUGUGUGCGCAUGGUGCCCUGUGCACUGGAGUCCCAUCCAGGGUGCAUUCCCAUUUUGUUGCUGGGAUAGACUCCAGAUCCAUCACAAAUCUGACCAUUUGUACAUGCGGCUACUGAAGAAGAAUGAAUGAGUUGCUGCUUAUUGUAUAUUUUGCGUUGUCUUGUUUUAGUUGUUAUUUUGGUAUGUGUUACUCUGAAAGGUUAGCACAUGAUGAUUUCAUCAGAAUAUGUCUCACUGGGGUUUCUUUCUCAUCUCCCACAAUACCUUUGUGAGAAUGACAUAAACCAUGAAAGAAACCUUUGAAAACACUUGAAGUGUAUAUAAAGCAGUAUGUAUUGGCAAACUGGAUUGUUAAAAUACAGUAAGAAAUACCUCUUUUUUUAGAUUUCUGACUAGAUAAAGCUUUCAAUUCUGAAUUUUUGCAUUUCUUGCAAGCCUAAACAUAACGGAUUUUGCCUUUUAAACAUAUGACUACAGCAAUUUUUAACAAUAAAUAAAUACUAUUUUUUACAUUUUUUAACCCAUUUUCUCCCAAUUUUAAUCAUUACCAAGUCUUACCAACUAGCUUGUUCUCUAAUAUCACACGAAGGCUACCAAGCAGGGACGGUUAGGGACAGUACAUGCUUCCUCCAAAACACGUUUGCAAACAGCUGCUCAUGCUGUGUCGCAGGGCAUCUGAACACACUUGGAGGAAAACACUAUCAGCUGAAUACAUAUGGAGGAAAGUGCUAACUGCCCUCUUCCACAUUCAUGAUGGCCACUACUGGUUAGUGUCACUGAUUGGCAUGGGAGAGUAAUACCAUCCUGACACCUAGCCUCUCUUUGAACGCUCUACUGUUGUGCCACUCAUUGUUGACUCUAGUCGCUUUUCAUUUCUCCCACGUAACAUAGUUAUAAUGCUCAAUUUACAGUUCAGUGAGGCAGGAAUCUGGAGUGGGAGGCUAUCUUUGGGUGCAAUUUGUCACCCAGGUUCUAUGUAACUAUUUGUUCUAUCUAGUUACAGCUUUGACACGCAUUAUACUGUAUGUUAUUUCUGUGCCUCCACAGUUGAUGUAUUGGUACCAUAUCAGAAUUGGGCACAGGAAGGUUGUUAUACGCCUUAUGUAUGUUGGCUAAUAUGAAUGUUCUCUCAAAGUCCAAGGUCUGUUGUAUAUGGCUGUGGUAGCUGGGCAGUAAAGGUUACACUGUCUAUGACUAUGGCUGUCAGUUCCCAAGACUGCGAGUGAGAAGGUUCCUAACCCUCAACUGCUCAGCUCUGUGCUUGGAAUUGAUUCUGCCUUGCUUGUAAUUGGCAUUAGGUAAAAGCACCUGGUAAAAGAGUAAAUGUAAAUGGUUUGGCUGUACUACACAUUUUGCUAGCAUUAGAUAUGUCUGGGAGAAAAUGGUUUUCUGUGUUCUUGUCUUCCAAACAUCUUUUCACCAUUGACGAUCUUUUUGUUUGUUGUCUGCCUUAAGACAGCUUCUAAGCCUUCUUUAAGACACUGUGCCUCGUCUUAAUUGUUGCCAUGGCCUAGUUAAUUCAAAUUAAUUCUAAGAAGACUUUUUUUAAAAUUAGAAUUUACUGUGCAUCACUUAAUGUAAAUGAGCAUGAUUACCAAAACUUUCUCCUCUUGGUAGAUCUCUCUCUCCAUCACAUAUUUUCCUGCUUUUAAAUUUACAUUCUGAGCAGCUUGUCUGUGGGUAGAGAAAUGGCACAAACGCAGUAACAGCUGUGCCUGCUUAACGCAGAUUCCACAUUAUUGUCUUUCAGAUGAAAGUUUCGUUUGAGCACCUGGCAGUGCCAGUCCGCAAUGUGGCAAGGACGCGUUCUAUAUUAUGGGUACAGGAAGUCCUGAGUGGGAUUAAUUUAAAUGGAACACACUGUGCUGACUGUCUUCCUCCACUUUGACUGGUCUGAUGAUCUGGCAUUGGGUGUAAAGAAUGAAAAGACGAAAGGCAAGUUGGGUGCAGAGUUGUAGCACAGAAGUGUGUGUUCCAUGUUUUAAAAUUUUGAUGUACGUUUAUGAAAUCUCCAGGUACUUUGUAUAUUAUUUCAUGAAUAAAUCCCUGGGAUUGAUUAUGAGAUGGUCAUGGAUUGAAAACAUAACUAUAAGGGGAAACUGUUUCAGUCUUCUGUUCUGAUUCAGAUCUUCUGAUUGAAGAGGGACAAGAGAAACACAUACAUGGUCAUUCCUUUAUGAUAAUUAGGACAGCCAAGACACACAAAUAAGAACUUAUUGGAUGACAUUUGCUUUUAAAAAUGGAUCCUAUAAAUAUCUAUACUGUGUGCUUAUAUUUUUUUUAAUCAGAAUGACCCUUGUCCCAUGCGUCAAACAAAUACAGGCAGGCACGCAGAAAUGGGUUUGGAGUAAUUUCACACUCACAAUCUUUUUUUCUGGAUUAUUCCUGUAAUAAAAUAGAACCCAAAAAAGAAAACUGCCUCAAAUUAUUUACACAUAUAAUUCUUGAUAUCCAUGUUAACAAAUCAUGGUACCAACAAUACAAGUGACUAAUGUACACUGUAUUUAAGGUUGGUAAAUAAAAUAAAUCUGGAGACAAAUUUAAGUAUGGGGUAAAUCAAGAUAAGAACUGUACGAGGGAGGAAGCCAAUACUAUGAAGCCUUUAGGUGAUUUUAUUUUGAUUAACAAAAAAAUAAUGGAACUGUAAAGUGGAAUGGGCUGAGAUAUAUCAUGUUAUACCACAGUGCUGUUGAAUUCCUGAUUCUGAUUUGUCAAAAAGUGCUGCUUCAACUUCCAUAAAACAGCUCUGACAGUAAUGCUAUCUCUAAUUCAAAUCACAGGUUUAUAUUAAUACAUUCCAAUACAUUAUUUUUUCUAUAGCUACAUCUCAUUCAAAGGGACUUGCAUGGUGGAUGCUCUACAUAACCUUAGGCUAAUAAUAAAUGGAUAUAAAAAGGAAAAUGUAUAAUCGUUGAUGUCGUGAAUUUAUUUAGCAUUUAUGGAAGAAGUCUCAGUGUCGAUACUUUGAAGCAAUUAGUAUGUUUUCCACCAUGGAAGAGUGUUCAGGACAGAGGACAUUGCGCUUUCCGCAUGACUAACAGCAUUUUUUUUCUUAUUACCAUUCAACAUUAAUUCAAGAAAGAGAGAAAAGGAGAAGCUGGUGAGAGAACUGUUUAUUGUUCUUAUAAAUGUAAGUAAUAACAGGAACUAAUUUGUCUCACAGAUGUUCCACAACAUUAAAUGUAACUAUAAAAAUUAAACAUCACCUUCACUAAUAAAUAAAAUUGUUGGAAAUCGCUGUAGUAUAAUCGCUGUAGUAUGGGUGCUGUUGUAGGAAAACAAUCCAUGACUGAGUGUUUUGAUGCAGACGUCCAGAACCCAAAGUGUUUUAUUCCUUACUUAUUGUAGCCUGUAGCUAAAUUAAUUGCAACGCCUAAAUGACUGCUUGUUCUGCAAUCUACGUCUAAUUUAAAGGACAUUUUAUUAAAUAUAUAUUUAGCAGAACCAACUUCAUUUUAUGGUCAUGCAUCUUGUAAUUUAUGGGCUUUGACAGGGAUUUGACUUACACUGGUGGUUUGUAACCACUCUCACUACUUACUCAGCUGGGCUUUGUGUCCUUAGAGUGUCGUUAUCACAUCAAGAAACUUUCCCUAGAAACAAGGGACAAGGAUGUCAAGGAUGUGAAUUAUUUACCACUCUAAUUUUCUCCAUUAUGUUACAAACGAAUGAUUGACCAUAUGGGUCCUGAUAGUUGGAAUCAUGAUCAGGUUUUAGUAUUCACGGAUGCCCCUGAUGCCUACUUCUGUGCUACUCUUGGGCUUGCUGUUAAAACUGUUCUGGACAUGCCACUGGAGAUUCGAACUAUGACAAGGAGACAUACAUAAUUUUUAUGAAAGGAAUUUUUAAUAGUAUCUAUCAUUUCUAUAGAAAAAGUUUGUUUUAAGUAAACCUGAAGCCAUGCCAGUGCAGGUUUGUUCUGGGAAGUUUAAAAAAAAAAUGUGUACAAAGAGAAAUGGGAAUAUGAAUAUUCUCUGCUGAUAUUGCCUCAUUUUUUUGGUGUGAUGGUGGCGCUGGACGACAGCCACUCUUAACCUCUACCUGCUGUUGCCUUUGGUUUCUGUACUCCUUUUAAGAGACUAACAAUAAACUAAGAGGGCAAACAAACAUAUCAGAGCUUGUUUAGAACUUUACACAAAUUGAUUUAUGUUCUUUGUCUACAGAGGAUUGAUUACAACUGAAAUUUUAUCUGAUAAAGCUUUAAAGUUAUUUGUUUGAUUUUUUGAAAGUUUCAGUGUAUUUAAUGUACAUAAAUCUUUGCUUUAUUUGAAUGAAUUUAUGACGGAAACAGUUAUUUAGACCAAACAACAGAGAAUCUGUCUGUGCGGCUUUUUGAUAUUGUCUAAUUUCCGGGUCAAAUGUUGCUCAGCCUCACGCAUGGAUCAUGUAAAUACAACAGUUAAUGGAGGACUUUUCUAUUUUUUCUUUCACUCUUUAAGAGUAGCGUAAAAUUUUACACAUCAUAUACAAUGAUGUCAUUCCUAACAAUGGCAGUCAUUUUUAAAUAGUCUUGAUCUAACAAUAUUUAAGCUUUAUUUGCAAAAAUUUGCCUUUUUAGCUCCAUGCAGAUUAAACUGUAUUUUUGUUUGAUCUUAAGUUCUACAAAGUGUACCUAAUAAUAUCAUCUCCAUGUCCUGUUAACAACAAAAUUUCAAUAAAAGCAAAAAUGACCAGUUA